AUGUUUUCGUUAUCACCAGGUGCCAGAGGGCCGUGGAGAGCUAUUAGUAGUUUUGAAAGGAUAGGGAGGAGCUUGAGAUACUCUUCGACAGUUUCUCGAGCCAUUAUCUAUUCGGAGUAUGGUAAUCCCCGGGAGUGCGUGAAGGUGUUUGAGCACAAGCUCGAGGCUCCUACUGGAAGCCAGGCCAUCAUCCGGCUUUUGGCAGCUCCUAUUAAUCCCUCGGAUAUCAAUCAGAUUGAAGGUGUGUAUCCUAGCAGACCAGAAUUGAGUACCAAGAUUGGUACAACCCAACCAUCCGCUGUCGGCGGUAAUGAGGGUGUCUUCGAGGUCGUUUCGGUUGGUAACGGUGUCAGCUCAUUGAAGGUUGGUGACUGGGUGCUGCCUGGAGCACUGAAUUUCGGAACUUGGCGCACUCACAUCUCUGUAGACGAAUCUCAAGUCUACAAAUUGCGUUCGUCCGAGGGACUGACUCCCCUUCAGGCUGCUACUGUGUCUGUUAAUCCGACCACGGCCCACCAGAUGUUGACGGAGUUUGUCAACCUCCAAAAAGGUGAUUGGUUUAUCCAAAAUGGUGCUACAUCUGGUGUUGGUCGUGCUGCUAUUCAAUUGGGCAGAAUCUGGGGCCUCAACUCUAUUUCUGUGAUUCGAGACAGAGCAGAGCCUGAUCUUGCCAAAAUCAAGGAUGAUCUGUAUUCGUUAGGAGCUACUCAUGUAGUGACUGACAGCGAGCUAAAUGAUAAAUCUAUCAAGAAACAGAUUGAUGAAUGGACAGGAGGAGCAUCAAUUCAACUAGGAUUUAACUGUGUAGGCGGCAAGUCUGCUACUAAUGUUGCUCGUCAAUUGGGCCACUCGGGUCAGCUAAUCACAUAUGGUGGAAUGUCUAAACAGCCAUUGACUUUCCCAACCUCGUUGUUUAUUUUUAAGAACUUUAUUUCUCGUGGAUACUGGCUGUCUGAAUGGAGCAAGAAAAACCCCCAGGGCAAAUUUGCGGUUGUUGAGAAACUGUUGGAUCUGUACCGUGCUGGAGAGCUCACUGAUGUUCCUGUUACCAAGAACACUUGGAGAGAGAGUAGCAGUAAUUCAGAAAUCGAGGAGACUUUUAAAACUGCCAUUGACAAUUCCAAGACCGGCAAGCAGCUUAUAGAACUUGUGUAA